GAACCUAUAAAUAAAUUGUAAAUCAAGUUACGGUUUUAAAAUAAAAUAUGUACAUGAAAUUAAAUAAACAAAAAACAAUAAUGAAAAGAGCGUGGAGAACUGUGGUGAUCCGUGGUCGUGUAGGUGAGAAUAGAAAAAGCGCUGGCACCUGUUUUUGUUCUCCAGCGGGCGAACAAUAUAAAUAGCCAACCUGGACAAUUUCUGGGCGUUUUUUGGCCUGCGGUACUGUCGUUUUGUUUGUCGCGGAAGGAACGUGCCGCCUAAUGUCUGACCAACAGUUCGUGCUGCGGUGGCACUACCACGAAUCGACGCUGAUCCACGGUCUGCCCAGAUUGCUGGAGGACGACGUGCUGACGGACAUCACGCUGUCUGUGGGCAGUCAGCACGUUCGGGCGCACAAAGUGAUACUGGCGAUGUGCAGCGUUUAUUUUCUCCAGUUGUUCCAGGAGAUGAGGCAUACACAACAUCCAGUUGUUGUUCUGCAUAACGUGACAAUGGAAGACAUUAGAGCAGUCCUAUCUUUCAUCUACCGCGGACAAUGCGUCGUAUCUCAAGAACAAUUACCCAGUCUAUUGUCAGUGGGUCGACUUUUGAAAAUACAAGGCUUAUGCGAUAUGAAAGUACCAGAGAGCCAAGCAAAAAUCGACCCGGUGACUACACUGGAACCAGACCAGACAGACAAAAUCACAACGACCAAUCUUAUCGAAAGAACCGACUAUAGUUGCCGGAAACGGCAACGCUACAGUCCUAAAAUCGACGACGGCCCGAAACCGCAUCUGAAACAAUCAGUGCCCCACUGGGAUCAUCCGUGUUUAGUUGUUUCUGAGAAGAACUCGCCUAAACCGGAAGACCUGAGUUGUGGCCCCAAGAAACCGAACCGAGAGACAUCCGAGACGUGCAAGUGCUUUCUUUGCGGCAAAUAUCUUAGCAAUCAGUAUAACCUGCGGGUACACAUGGAGACGCACGAGGAAACAUAUCAUGCCUGCCAGUCAUGUCCGCACGUUUCGCGGAGCAGAGACGCGUUACGCAAGCACGUCUCAUAUAGACAUCCCGAAGAGUACCUCACGAGGAAACGAAGAAAAACUGACACUUGAGUGUCUGGCAAUUGAAAACAAAAAUGGGCUUAAUGCUAAAGUCUACUAUAGUUGUAAGAGGAAUAGAAAUAAAGAUGUAAUUAAUAUAUUUCGA